AUGCCAUCAUCAUCUCCAUGCUACUCGUUCCUCCUCUCCAAACCUCCGUUUCUACCUUCGCUCAUUCCUCGCUACUCUUCUAGAUUCUCCUUCACACGCCGAACACAACGCUUCUCCACUUCUCUUCACGGAAUCGGAAGAAACAUCGAGGUUGCUCAAGGAGCUCAAUUCGAUGGGUUGAUUAUGAGUAGAGACGAUGUGGAUGAGGAUGAUGAGGUAACGGUCGAAGUGUGUGUGACUCGUACGUUGCCUCCAGCUUUGACUCUUGAGCUUGGACUUGAGAGACUCAUGGAAGCUGUUGAUGAACUUAAGAUGAAUCCUCCUAAGUCAUCUAGUGGCGUCCUGCGAUUUCAAGUGGCUGUGCCUCCGAGGGCAAAGGCUUUGUUCUGGUUUUGCUCUCAACCUGUGUCUUCCGGUGUGUUUCCUGUGUUUUUCCUCUCCAAGGAUACUGUGGAGCCUUCUUAUAAGUCGCUCUAUGUAAAGGAACCUCAUGGGAUUUUUGGGAUUGGGGACGCACUCUCUUUCCUUCCUCACUCCAAGGGGCAUAGCACUAUAAAAACAUUCCUCUCAGAUGAAUCAGCUAUGGUGACGGCUUAUGGGUUUUCAGAUAUUGAUUUCAAAGGAAACUCUAGUGUAUAUAGCAAGGAUGGCACUUCUUACUUCUUCGUUCCUCAGAUUGAGUUAGAUGAGCACGAGGAGGUCUCCAUAUUAGCAGUUACACUGGCAUGGAAUGAGUCUCUAUCCUACAGUUUUGAGCAAGCGAUUAGUUCAUAUGAGAAAUCAAUUUUUCAGCUUUCUUGUCAUGUCUGCCCCAGUUUAGAGCAGCAUUGGUUCAAACAUCUAAAAAGUUCUCUUGCCAAGUUGACUGUGAAAGAGAUUCAUCCAAUAGAAAUGGAGCAUAUGGAGUUCUUAACAUUUUCUGGGAGAGAUCGGGAUGACGCCAAGGAACUGAAAAAUAUACAAUCUUCAUGUCAAUUCCACUGCAAGCUUUCACCUGACGUUGUUUUCUCAAACAACAUGCUGAAUCAGGAGGCUGAAGCGAGCAACUUCUUGAAAGAUCAGGCUAAUAUAAAUGCUGUAUGGGCAUCAGCUAUAAUUGAAGAAUGCACUCGUCUUGGUUUAACGUACUUUUGUGUAGCUCCUGGAUCAAGGUCCUCCCAUCUUGCAAUUGCUGCUGCCAACCACCCUCUUACAACGUGUCUUGCAUGCUUUGACGAACGAUCACUUGCAUUUCACGCCAUUGGGUAUGCUAAAGGAUCCCUUAAACCGGCAGUCAUUAUAACAUCAUCAGGAACCGCCGUUUCAAAUCUUCUUCCAGCGGUGGUUGAAGCCAGUGAGGAUUUCUUACCUAUGCUACUACUUACUGCAGAUCGUCCCCCUGAACUUCAGGGAGUUGGUGCAAAUCAAGCUAUAAAUCAAAUAAACCACUUUGGUUCGUUUGUCAGAUUCUUCUUCAAUCUUCCUCCUCCAACAGAUCAUAUACCAGUCCGGAUGGUCCUUACUACUGUAGACUCUGCUCUACAUUGGGCAACAGGUUCUGCUUGUGGACCAGUACAUCUGAAUUGUCCGUUUAGAGAACCACUUGACGGUAGUCCAACAAAUUGGUCAUUCAACUGCUUAAAUGGAUUAGACAUGUGGAUGUCUAAUGCUGAACCAUUUACUAAAUAUUUUCAAUUACAAAGCCUCAAGAGCAAUGGUGAAACAACUGGCCAAAUUACUGAGGUCUUACAAGUAAUCAAAGAGGCUCAGAAGGGUCUUCUUCUUAUUGGCGCAAUCCAUACGGAGGAUGAGAUUUGGGCUUCGCUUCUGUUGGCUAAAGAACUGAUGUGGCCUGUUGUUGCAGAUGUCUUGUCUGGUGUACGGCUGCGCAAGCUUUCUAAACCUUUUCUUGAGAAGUGGACCCCUGUUUUUAUUGAUCAUCUUGAUCAUGCCCUGCUCUCAGAUUCUGUUAGGAAUUUGAUUGAGUUUGAUGUUGUCAUCCAGGUUGGAAGUCGGAUAACAAGUAAAAGAGUUUCUCAGGUGCUAGAGAAAUGCUUUCCAUUUGCAUACAUUUUGGUUGAUAAGCAUCCAUGCCGACAUGACCCAUCACACUUGGUCACUCACAGGGUCCAAAGCAAUAUAGUUCAGUUUGCUGAUUGUGUGCUUAAAUCUCGAUUUCCAUGGAGGAGAAGCAAACUGCAUGGUCAUUUACAAGCAUUGGAUGGCGCUAUUGCUCGAGAAAUUUCAUUUCAAUUAGCUACUGAGUGCUCCCUGACCGAACCUUACGUUGCACAUAUGCUUUCCAAAGCACUGACUUCUAAAUCUGCUCUUUUCAUCGGAAAUAGUAUGCCAAUAAGGGAUGUGGAUAUGUAUGGAUGUAGUUCGGGAAAUUAUUCGCACGUGGUAGAUAUGAUGUUAGGUGCAGAACUACCAUGUCAGUGGAUACAAGUAACUGGAAAUAGAGGAGCUAGUGGUAUUGAUGGCUUGCUCAGCUCCGCCACCGGCUUUGCUGUAGGAUGCCAGAAGAGAGUUGUAUGUGUGGUGGGAGACAUCUCUUUCCUUCAUGAUACAAAUGGAUUGGCGAUUUUUAAGCAAAGGAUUGCGAGGAAACCAAUGACAAUUCUCGUGAUAAACAACCGUGGAGGUGGAAUCUUCCGACUUCUUCCUAUAGCAAAGAAAACAGAGCCUAGCGUGUUGAAUCAAUAUUUCUAUACAUCACAUGACAUUUCCAUUGAAAACUUGUGUUUGGCACAUGGUGUGAAGUAUGUACAUGUUGGGACAAAAAGUGAACUUGAGGAAACUCUAUUGGAACCCAGCGUGGAAGAGAUGGAUUGCAUUGUGGAGGUUGAAAGCUCUAUUGAUGCUAACGCGAUCGUUCAUAGUACUUUGGAGAGUUUUGCACGCCAAGCUGCAAAUAAUUCCUUGGGCAUUAUCUCGGCCAGUUCUGUUCUUCAUCCAAUGAUCGACAAUGUGCUUCUUUUCCAAGUCUAUGGAAUACAAUAUUCGCGGUACAGAGUGGGACUGUGUGACAGACCUACCAUAUAUUCUGGUGUAUCCUCCCAAUUCCAUCGAGAAGGGUUCAUACUCUCCCUUACUUUGGAGGAUGGAAGCGUUGGCUGUGGAGAGGUUGCACCUUUGGACAGUAGUAAAGAGAACUUAAUGGAUGUGGAGGGGCAGCUACAGUUGAUUCUUCACCUUAUGAAAGGAGCUAAAUUCAGUCACAUGCUUCCUUUGUUAAAUGGCUCGUUUUCGUCCUGGAUUUCGAGUGAACUUGGAAUCACUGCAUCAUCAAUUUUCCCAAGUGUCAGAUGUGGUCUGGAAAUGGCUCUACUGAAUGCAAUGGCAGUAAGACAUGAUUCUAGUUUGUUGGGAAUACUUCAUUGUCAGAAAGAAGAAAAUGGUUCUGCUCAGCCACACUCUGUUCCAAUAUGUGCCCUUCUUGAUUCUGAAGGUACUCCAUCGGAGGUGGCAUACGUUGCUAGAAAACUUGUUGAAGAAGGGUUCAGUGCUAUUAAACUUAAAGUUGCUCGUCGAGUGAACUCCGUGCAAGAUGCUUUAGUUCUUCAAGAAGUAAGGAGAGUCGUUGGCGAUCAAAUUGAACUCCGUGUAGAUGCUAACUGUCGCUGGACUUUUGAAGAGGCUAUAACGUUUGGUUUACUGGUGAAAAACUGCAAUCUACAAUAUAUUGAGGAACCUGUCCAGAAUAAAGAUGAUCUUAUAAGGUUUUGUGAAGAAAGUGGAUUACCAGUGGCACUUGAUGAGACUCUUGAUGAUUUAAAGGAAUGUCCUCUUCGUAUGCUUGCCAAAUAUACCCACCCUGGAAUAGUUGCUGUUGUCAUUAAACCAAGUGUUGUGGGAGGGUUUGAGAAUGCAGCACUGAUUGCUCGCUGGGCGCAGCAGCAUGGAAAGAUGGCUGUUAUAAGUGCCGCAUACGAAAGUGGCCUAGGUUUAUCAGCAUAUAUACUGUUUGCAUCAUAUUUGGAGAUAAAGAACGUCAAAACAUUUGGAGAGAAAAAGCAAGGGAUGACUCCUCUUGUGGCUCAUGGUCUUGGAACCUACAAAUGGCUUAAUGAAGACGUAAUGAUGAAUAGUCUAGGGAUAUCUCGUAGUCCGUACAGUGGAUUUAUCGAAGGAUCUGUUGCUGAUGCUAGCAAAAAUCUAAAGGAUGUUAAGAUAAACAACGAUGUUAUUGUGAGAACCAUUAAAGGAGUUCUCGUCCGGAGGUAUGAACUGAGGGUGGAUGUAGAUGGUUUCUCACAUUUUAUAAAAAUCCACGAGGUUGGGGAGAAUGUAGAAGUAAGUUUCGUCGGUGCUUCUAAUUUUGUAUGUCUGAAUCUAAAAAGACAUAAGCAUUACUGUUCUUGA